UGUCCUCUGCAAUGCCUGCCAACGGGACGUUUAUCUCAGGUUUCUGCCGAUCUUGCUGAUGAUCACAGUGCUGCUAGCUGCGGUGGGAAGCAAUGUCCAAAUUGCUACCAGCUCGACACAUCCUCCAACGCAGUCACCUUAACCAUUACCAACUGCCACUUCGUGAAUGGCGUGGCUUUGACCGGCCAGGCUGUUUUCAUGUACACCUUCUACAACACAGGUACUCGCUCUGCCUUUGUCAAAGAUGGCAGUGGUGCUGGCGCACGGGAGUAUUUCAUCAGGCCCAUGGGCCAGGGCGAUGCGGGUACAACUUGCAUGUGCAAGGAUGGCGAGUUGGCCUGCAGCGCUGACACUCCCGAAGUCCUGAAGGUGACUGCCAGUGGUUCAACGGAGCCCAGCACGGAGUGCGCAACUUUGUCGGGCACGCCGCUGACGCUGGACCUAAGCACAACCGCCUGCAACUCACGGUACUGUCCCACAUGCUUUACCAUGGACACGACUGCAACGGGUGCCGACAUGACGCUCACACUUUCGAACUGCGACUACUACAUGGGACACCAUCUAUCCUCAAACUACGUCAUCAAGUACGACUUCUACAACUUCGGCACCCAUUCAGCCACACCAGCUUCUGAAACUGUAAUCUCCGCCAAAUUGAGGUUUGGCAGUUUCGGCGCAUCCGCAACGCACUGCGCAUGCCUUGCUGGAACGCUGAGAUGCGAUGCAGGUGGAUCAUCUGGAAGCAUUCUGGGAAACCUCGAAGUUUCCGGCCGCCACCUCAAACUUCGAUUAGCCCGAGGCGGCCCGAGGCAGGCCAGUCUCCGUCUUUUCUAUUCUUGCCCUGCUUAG